AUGUCUAGAGGUCUCUCAACCUUUUGCUCCUUGUCUCUGUUCUCGCUGCUCACCGGACGUCGCGGCUCGACAUCCAUCCAUGUCCGUCACGCCCGACAGAAGGUCCCCGUCAAUCUUAAGUUCUCAAUCCCCGAUGCAUUAACCGUCUGGUAUACAAUGCAUUACGAUGCCACACUACGAGGACAAGCAGACUUUUUCAGGCUCGCUCGCCAUGCUGCCCUCUUGCUACGGUUAGGUACCCAAACGACAAGCUCGCAAAGUCAGGCGCCCCAUCCAUCAACUGUAGAUAGAAGCUUCGAAAAAGACAAGAUGAGACGCGUCCUGAGAAAAGUGCGAGAACGGUUUGGAUUUAUUGGGUUGAAGUUCAGAAAAAGGGACGAUGGAUUUGCCUUGCUUGUUUUAGGCCUCCUCCUCCUUCUCCCUCAUUUCUGA